AUGAAGAGGUGUUCACUGGAUUGUCCCACUGUGAAGGAGGAGACUGAGAAGGCAAAGGUGGAACUCCAAGACAGUAUUUUUUGCUCAGAAGAUGAUAACAGUCUGUAUUUCACAUACAGUGGCAAAUCAAAUGUGCUGGAGGUCAGAGACCUCAACUAUCAGGUUGAUGUGGCCUCACAGAUUCCAUGGUAUCAGAAACUAUCAGAGCUAAAGAUGCCUUGGACAUGUGGCACAGACCCCAGUUCCCAUGUGAUGGCCAUCCAAAAUUUGACCUUUAAAGUCAGAAGUGGACAGAUGCUGGCCCUCAUAGAAAGUUCUGUUUGCAGAAAAACAUCUUUGUUCGACGUGAUAACAUGUAGGGACCAUGGAGGCAAAAUUGUAUCAGGUCAAGUUAUAAUCAAUGGAAAACCCAGUACCCACCAACUGGUUAAGAAGUGCAUUGCCCAUGUACGGCAAGAUGACAGACUGCUACCCAACUUGACAGUGAGGGAAACAUUAUUGUUCAUUGCAAAACUGCGUCUCCCGAAGACAUUUUCCGAGUCAGAAAGAGAAAAAAGGGUAGAAGAAGUUAUAGCAGAACUGAGAUUGCGACAAUGUGCAAAUACAAAAGUUGGAAAUGAGUAUAUCCGUGGUGUUUCUGGGGGUGAGAGGAGAAGAGUAAGCAUUGGGGUCCAGCUUUUGUGGAAUCCUGGAAUUCUAAUAUUUGAUGAACCCACAUCAGGACUGGACAGUUUCACAGCCCACAACUUAGUAAUAACACUGUCUAGGCUGGCCAGAGGAAACAGAUUAGUCCUUCUCUCAGUUCACCAGCCACGAUCAGAUAUCUUCCAGCUCUUUGAUCUGGCUCUGUUGAUGACGUCUGGAGCCACAAUCUAUGCUGGAGCAGCACGGGACAUGGUCCAAUAUUUCAAAGAAAAUGGAUAUCCCUGCCCAACAUACAGCAACCCUGCUGAUUUCUAUGUUGAUUUGACUAGUGUUGACAGGCAGACUGAAGAAACGGAGAUGGUAACCCAACAAAGGGCCAGCUCACUCGCUGCCUUAUUCCAUGAAAAAGUCAAACAUUUUGAUGACUUUUUAUGGAAAAGAAGACCAGAAGAAGAUGAAAAUAUGGUGUCUGUUUCCAGAGAUCUAAGGUGAAAAAUGAACCCCCAUCCAGCUGAUCAGUUGCCAGGAUGGUUUCAGCAGUUCACUAUCUUACUAAGUCGGCAGUUCUCCAACAAUGUCCGCGAUCUCUCAGCUUUGUUAAUCCGUGGAUUUGAGGCCCUCCUAAUGUCUUUGUUAAUUGGUUUCCUGUAUUAUGGCCAUGGAAAAAACAAGCUGUCUAUUCAGGAUACAUCAGCACUUUUGUAUAUGAUAGGAGCCCUGAUUCCUUUCACAGUCAUUUUUGAAGGAAUCACAAAAUGUCACUCUGAAAGAGUUGUGCUUUAUCAGGAUUUUGAAGAUGGAUUGUAUCCCGUUGGGCCAUAUUUCUCUGCCAAGGUUUUAGGGGAACUUCCAGAGCAGUGUGUUCUAUGCAUCAUUUAUGGAAUUCCCAUCUACUGGCUGGCAAAUCUCAGUCCUGAACCGGAACAUUUCUUUCUUAACUUGCUUUUGCUUAUGCUUGGAACUUGCUGUGCCCGAACCAUGGCACUGUGGAUAUCUGCGCUGCUGCCAACAAUGCAGAUCUCAGCCUUCUUUGGCAAUAUGUUGUAUACAACAUUCUUCCUAAGUGGUGGCUUCUUGAUAAGCUUGCAAAACCUGUGGACAGUUCCAUCUUGGAUAUCGAAAGUGUCCUUUGUCAGAUGGUCUUUUGAAGGCUUGAUGCAAGUUCAGUUUGCAGGAGUCACGUACACGAUGACUUCUGGGAAUGUCACUUACCCAGUUUCUGGGAAAUUUGUGCUCCAAUCAAUGGAUCUAGACUCCCAACCCCUCUAUGUAAUUUGCCUCAUCUUGGCAAGCAUUAGCACAGGAUUCUUGCUUUUAUACUAUUUAUCUCUCCGAUUCAUUAACCAGAAAUCAGAUCAAGACUGGUAG